GAAAUAGGCGAACUUUACAUAUCAGCGCGUAAAAAGUAUAGAUACUAGUAUUUCCUUCUCGAAACAUUAGCUAUGAUGAAAACUAAAUACAUAGACUUUUUAGGAUAUAUUUUCAUUUUUGUGUUUAGCGUAUUAGUACCACAGUUUCAAACAGAAGGAACAGGCUUGAAUACAACAACAGUAAAAAAUAAUGGAAACCAAGGUAUCAUCCCGACAGCAGACGUGCCCCAAAGGACCAUUGUUGUUGAUAUAACAAAACCUCCCAAAUCAGAUGAAGUUAAAUGGAUUUUGGACUUAGAUAAAUAUUCCAGGCUAUUAAUAAUUAACCAGAAACGAAACACAACUUUCUCUCUGUGUGGAAAUAAUUGGACAAAUGAGUACGCUACUGUAGUUUGUCGUCAUUUAAAGAGAUCUGAUAAUGGGAUUGCAGGAGUUAUUCCCAGGAAUAAAAAUCUAUCGAGAAUAGCAUACGGACUAGACUGUCCUGUUAAUUUUACAAAUAUGUUAAAAUGCAAACCAGACUAUACCAAUGCUGCAAGAGAGGUCUGUAAAUUAACUGGAGACGCAAGUGUUAGAUGUUAUAAUGACACGGACAGUCAUUUUACGGAUAACACAGAUUGGUGUAUCAACAUUAUUGUGGUUGGAUCUUUGUCCUUUGCAACUAUUCUCAUAUCUCUCUUAAUCAUAAUCUAUAUCCAGAGAAGAAAAUUGAUAAAAGCUUCCUACGCAUCAUUGACAGUUCGACGAGAUCAAAACCACUAUAAUGAAAUACAUCAUCAAAUGUCAGACCACAUUUCAGAACAUAACUAUGAGGUAUCGGCAUUAUCGGUAAUACCUACUUCAGAAGGUCAAGUCGCAACACAUCAGAAAAUAAAUCAAAUACAACACGUUGAUACAUCCGGAUACCUUAUCCUUUCUGGUAUAACGGAGACUGGCGGAGACCACUAUCAAUCAAUCGCAAACUGAAUGGAAACAUGUUGCAACACAUUUGUUUGUACAUAUUCACAUUUGGAAUAUAAUAAUCAUCAUGCAUUUGGU